CACUCCUCACUUUGCACUUUCCGAUGGCUUCAACACCCAAACCCCACCUCUUGGACGUAUUUGUCUAUGGUCCAAAUGAGACGCCGCCGCUGCGUUUCCUCGCGGGCUUCCCGUACUUUGUGCUGACCAUCGCCCACGUCCAGCUCGGGCAUUUUGUGUGGCUGCAUGGCAUGGGCUUCACCGGCUGCGUGAUUUACACGCUUCUCUCGUUUGGCACGAUUGUGCUCGAUGGCCUCGCGAACCCGAGCCUCGGGAAGAACCUCCAGACGCUCCGCUGCAACGGAUUCUCGGAUACGCUGACCGCGACGCGCAUGGCGCUCAACUUGAUCUCGAACGUCGUCAUGACGUGGCUCGUCUUCCAAGAGCUUUGCGGACCCGAGGCAGUUGCGUCGACCUUGCAAUUUGAGUCGUACUCGACAUUUACGGUCGCCGCGAUCGCGGCCAACAUUGGUUUGACCGAAGUGCUCUUCUAUUUUGCGCACAAAUGCCUCCACGAGGUGCUGCCACGUAUCCAUUUGAUGCACCACUGCUGCUUUGAACCGACGCACUCGACCAACUUUAUCUUUGACCCGAUCGACUUUGCGUUUGAGCUCGGGAUGCCAACGGCGUUCUUGUUUGUCAACCAUUUCGUCCUCUGGCAGCAAGACCACGUUGUGCUCCUCGUCUCGUAUAUGAUUGUACAACAGUACUACGCGUUGGACCACAGCGAUUUCCUGCAGCUGCACCAUUUCAAGCACCACGCCCGCCUCGACGACAUGUACACGGCGUACAUCAAGUACCGCAACCCAAGCGACCUCAAGUUGGAAGCCGUGCGCACGAUCAUGCAGCGCCCGGCCAAACAUGCCUAGUUGGCGUGGAGAGUAUGUCUUUUGAAUCGAGAAAAAUGUUGUUUUGUGGUCA